CAUUGAAUUGAAAUAUUUGUUUGAUUUCAUAAAUUUGUUUUUAAAUAAAACUAGUGAGAUAUAAUAUGCAAGAGUAUAUUAGGCAUUUUAUACUGCUUUAUAAAAUUAUUUCACUUUUAUAACAUAACUCCGCACCCCAAAAGUAAAAUUUUAAAUACGUACCUACGUCACUGCGAAAGGACGAGCUGGGUUUCCGGUAUGAACUAUGUUCUAAGUUUUCAGAACGACAAUAAUGCGUAAACGGUAAACAAUAGUAAGCACAGUAAGCACUGUAGGUAAGCAGCAGGCACUAGGCAGUAGUUAACGAAGAAUAACCAUGACAAAAUAGAAUCUAUUUUGUCAUGCGAAUAACGAGAGUCGGUACGGCAAAGUUCAAGCAUUCAAGGGCUGUCAAUCCCAUAGAAUAAAGAUACAUCAAUCCGUUCAUCCGCUCAUAUUUUGGGUAUCGAAAUGGUGGGAGUUGGCUGGGUCCUGGGUGCCGGGUGGUGGGAAACUGGGAAAACCUCCGGAAAAAACCGUUACAAAACACAACAAAAUCAUUAAGCAAUAAGGCGGGAACAAAUACUUAUUUUGGGAUGGGGGUACUUUUCCCGAAAUUUCAUGGCGAGGAAAAAAAAAAAAAAAAAAAAAAAAAAAGAAUGAUAACCCGACCUAGCCAACAUCAAAUAAGUUCAUAUUUUCCGACUACUGUAUACUGUAAUAAAUUGAUAAUUCGAUACCCGGAUUAUUAAGGUCGUACAACGGAAGCACUUUUAGUAUUAUUCACUGUUGACAUUUUAUAAAUUUACACAAAUAUUCAGAUGUCCAUAGCUCCUUCAAUUAUUAACACAUUAAUGUAAACGACCCGUCAAAAUGCAUAGAAAAUUAAACUGCACAAAAAUCAUAUUUCAAAAAUAUAGGUUCCUAUUUGAAUUUUAAAAGUUGACCCUCGAACCCCCCUACCCUAAUUAAUAAAAAAAUUAUUUAAUACCAAAUUAUUUUAGAUUAUAUGAUUCAAAAAGGUUUUCACAUAGGUCAUUUUCCCCUAAUUUAAAUAUAUCAUGGUGAAAUCUGCUCUCACAUGAAAUUUGGAACACCCUGUAUAUUAAGAUUACUACUAUAGAAUAAGAUUGAGACGGUGUUUUCAACUUUUCAGUUCUUAGACCUUUGUACUUACUUUCAGCGCGGCUUUACAUACUUGCUAUAUGCACUGAAUACCUAUGUCCGAUAGCCGUGCUUUAUACGAUAGUAUGGUAUGAUAUUAAAUAUUAAUAUUAUUUUAUGCAAACUAAUAACUAUGAUUAUGGUUUUGCAAGCCGCGGGGGCGAUGGGGCGAUGGGGCAUGAUAACAAUUAACAAUCAAAAAGUAAACGAAUUAUUUUGAAUGCCUGAUUGUCUUUGAAUUUUAUUUUUUAUUAGAAUUAAAAUGGCCAUUCGCUGGACGUGCCAUUAACUAUUACAAUUUUUCCACUUUCUGGCCUGUCAAUUGUAAUACAUAUUUUCUUGCGAAGUCUUUAGAAACGUCAUGUCUGACGACGUAAACGAGAUCGAAGACAAAUUUAGAGAUGUUUAUUUACUCAGUAAGUUCGACGAAGACCUAAACGACGAUUUGAAAACAGCCAAGUCAAAAAGAAAAUGCUUGUACCAGGCAUAUUCCUUGGCUAACUCUUUGAAAGAAACUGAUUGGAUAUGGAACCACAUGAGAUCUGAAUUAAAAUCUUACUCAAAUCUUAUUGACAAUAAAAAAGGAGUAAAUAAUUUUAUGUCAGCUAUUGAUGAAUUAACUUUAGGAACAAACAAUGUAAAAAACUGGAAGAUGAAGACCAAGUUUGAUGUUACAAAACCUGUUAAUGACUUUAAAAAAUCUAUUAAAUGUAUAGAUCUUCAAACCUGUACGAUUGAACCUGGCAAAGAAUUUUACUUGAGUUUUCCAAAAAAACCCAAUGUUUUUCAAAAUGCAAAUAUUUCUAAUAAACAAAUUAUUCAUACAAAUUCUUUUAGAAAUGAAUCACCUACUCAGAUAUUUCAGAUUGAUAAUCAUAAAACAUGUAUUAAAACUCCACCAUCUACAUUUCAGCCUGUUAAUAAUAGAAAAAGAAGUAAAUAUGAUGAAGAUUCUUCUCCACAGCCUAUCUUAAAAAAUAAACGUGAAGAACCUUAUAUUAACCAAUCUCAAUUGAAUGGCUUUCAUACUGCAAAAACAGAAUUGCAUAUUCAAGUUAAAAAACAAAACAAUGUAAAUUCUAGUACUUCAGAAACAUUUAUUAAAAAGUCACUAGGUGUGAAUAAAUCCCGUAGUGUAGUUAGCAAAUUUGUCAAUCCAUCAACUAAUAAUCAAAAUCACCACGGAAAAGAUGAAGUAAAAAAUGAAUCUACUAUUGAUGAAAAUCCAUAUUUAAAAAAUAUUGAUCCUAAGAUGGUUGAAAUGAUUAGAAAUGAAAUAAUUGAAUGUAAAAAUCUAAUCACAUGGGAUGACAUAUCUGGACUACAAUUUGCUAAAAAUACUAUACAAGAGUCAGUUAUUUGGCCUCUUUUGAGACCAGAUAUAUUCAAGGGAAUUCGAAGACCACCUAAAGGCAUAUUACUUUUUGGACCACCUGGCACUGGAAAAACUUUGAUUGGUAAAUGUAUUGCUUCUCAGUCAAACUCAACAUUUUUUAGUAUAAGCGCAUCAACUAUUACAUCUAAAUGGAUUGGAGAAGGAGAAAAGUCUGUAAGAGCUCUAUUUGCAGUAGCAAGAUGUCAUCAGCCUGCAGUCAUUUUUAUUGAUGAAAUUGAUUCAUUGUUAUGUCAAAGAAGUGAACAAGAACAUGAAAGUUCUAGAAAAAUUAAAACUGAAUUUCUUAUUCAACUAGAUGGAGCUGGUACAAAUGAUGAUGAUAGAAUAUUAAUAAUUGGAGCUACAAAUAGACCCCAAGAAUUAGAUGAAGCUGCCAGAAGAAGACUUGUAAAAAAACUUUACAUUAGAUUACCUGACCCACAAGCUAGAAAAGACAUGAUUAAAAAGUUAGUGGAUUCAGAAAACCAUGUUCUAUCUGAUGAUGACUUAGAAAAAAUUGCCUCCCUCAGCAAUGGUUAUUCUGGAGCAGAUAUGAAAAGUCUGUGCCAAGAAGCAUCUCUUGGACCUAUUCGAUCCAUGAGUUUUGAUAUGAUUAAUAACAUAGAAGCUGAUCAAGUACGUCCAAUUAAUUUACAAGAUUUUCUAUCUGCAUUAAAGAUUGUCAUGCCCAGUGUAUCUUCUGAAGAUUUAAAUCAUUAUGUGACAUGGAAUGACAAAUUUGGGUGUAGUGAUACUGGAUGUAGUACCCAGUCAAAUAGUUAAACAUAGCUAAAUUAGUUUACGUUUUUUUACUAUUACAAUAAACAAUAAAAUAUUUUUUUUAAAUAUGAUAUUUUCAAA